CCAUUCUUCGUUACUCUGUAUGUGAAUCGAGCAAAUUUUUGUUGAGAACGGAGUUUAUCACUGUCUGCUCAUCUAUAUCUAAUGCAAUGGCGGAGAGUCGGUGCCCUCACGUGAUAACAAUCGGUGAGUGUACACCAGAUGACGUCGUUAAGCAGCAACGCAAGAGGGCUUGUGAUGCUUGCCCUGCAAGGGGACCCAACUUGUGGCUGUGCCUUUCCCGUGAAUGUCUGUUUGUCGGCUGUGGUGAGAGUGCAGCAGAUCACAGCUCAGCCCAUCAUCAGAAAGAAGGUCAUGCACUCACACUUAACUUGGCAAGUCUGAGAGUGUGGUGCUACGUAUGUGAGUGUGAAGUGUUCCUAGAAAGCAACACUCCUCCUGUUCAGCCAAGUUCUAGACAACCACAAGAAGCAGCUAAUUUUAAUGUGAAGCACUAUGCUGAUCAAGCGCUGUCACAUGGAGAUGAUUCGGAAUCGGAGGAUUACGACCACGAUGAGAAUAUCAAGCCAAGAGGUCUCGUCGGUCUGCAGAAUAUUGGUAACACCUGUUACAUGAAUGCAGCAUUGCAAGCUUUGUCCAACUGCCAGCCACUCACUCGCUUCUUUGUUGACUGUGAGUCGUACGUGAGAAGUGAAACAAAACCAGCAUUGUCAAAGAGUUACCAGAAGCUUAUAGCAGAACUGUGGCACAGGAGGCGCCCUUCGUAUGUAGUGCCAUCAAGUAUUUCUUAUGGAAUCAAAAUAGUGCACCCAAUGUUCAAAGGAUACACCCAGCAGGAUACACAAGAGUUCCUAAGAUGCCUGAUGGACCAGAUGCAUGAAGAGCUGAAGGAACCAUGUCUUCAACCAGCCACAGUGCACCAUGAGCAGACACCUAAGCUACAGGCACAGGAUGUGUACGGAAUGUUGAGAAGCAGUGACUCGAGUUUGAGCAGCCAGUCGGAACCCGACUACGAGACUUGCGACUCGGGGGUGGAGGUGACGAGCAGCAGCAGUGGUGGCGCCCCCUUGACGAGAGCCCCUCCCACGGAGGAGGGCGAGCCGAUUGACGUUGCCGAGAAAGACGCGGUCGAAAUGACAGAGAAGGACUCCGGAAUCCAGAUUGGAGGAGGCGACGCCAAGGUGGAGGAUGCCGUCAGUGACGGCGAGCCGGCGAUCCGUCAGGAGGGCGAGGACGCUGAGAGAGGAAGCCGGUCGAGUGCGGGCGAGGACGUGGGAAGGGUGAAGGAGAGCAAGGAGCCGGGUGAAAACCGUGAGAGUGCUGGGGAAGACGAGUGCAGGAAGGAGCGCAAGGACACGGCGAACAAGCGGAGCCGCACGGCGGCAGGGGAGGGACGGCGUAGCUGUGAUUCUAGUCCCGUGUCGCGCGACUCCAGUCCUGUGCUCAGCUACCAUUCUGCUGACACCCUGGAGUUCAGUGAUGCACAUACAGACAUCUUACCUGCUGCGCAGCACUGCUCUCCCAAAGCAGAUGUGAAGGUACCAUCAUGUUGUGUAGGUAGGAAGUUGUCACCAGAUAGCAGCACUGGCCCAGUCACUAAGUCUCCACGAAUACGAAAUCUUUCACACCCUGGCAAGCAAACACAGUCCUGCUCUGCAGAAGCCUCAGCAAACACCAGUUUAUUAGGCAAGAAGAAGCAAGUGUCAUAUCACAGCGUCAUAUCCGACAUCUUCGAUGGACAACUUCUGAGCUCUGUGAAAUGUUUAACCUGUAACAGGAUAUCUAUGACAAGAGAGACAUUCCAGGAUCUGUCACUUCCCAUUCCAACGAAGGAACAUAUUCACAUGAUGCGUGCCAAUAUAACAACACCAGGUGUGAAGGGUGUGGUGCCCUGUGGGGACAGCUACACCAACCAGGGCUGGCUUUCAUGGGCAGUUGGAUGGCUAAAGAGUUGGUUCUGGGGUCCUACGAUUAAACUACAUGACUGCCUGUCAGCAUUCUUCUCUGAUGAUGAAUUAAAGGGAGACAACAUGUACAGCUGUGAGAAGUGUAAAAAGUUACGGAAUGGUGUGAAAUAUUCCAAGGUCUUAGCCCUGCCUGAGAUACUCUGCAUUCAUCUGAAGCGGUUCCGCCAUGAGACGAUGUUUUCUUCCAAAAUCAACACCUACAUUUCAUUCCCGCUCACUGGCCUUGACAUGAGUGAUUUCCUGCACAAAGAUGAAUGCACAGCACAGGUGACAACGUAUGACCUGGUCGCUGUCAUCUGUCACCACGGAACAGCAGGAGGUGGUCACUACACAGCGUAUGCGCUGAACCACAUCAGUGAUCAGUGGUAUGAAUACGAUGACCAGUACGUCACUGAGGUGAACGAGCAGACCGUGGAAAACUGUGAGGCAUAUGUUCUCUUCUACAGGAAAUCAAACAAUGAAAUGCUGAAGCUUCGGCAGCAGGCGGAGGACUUGCAGCGUUCGCGCGAGACCAGCCUCAUGAACUUCUACAUCUCAAAGCAGUGGAUUAACAAGUUUAACACGUUCGCCGAGCCAGGACCAAUCACAAGCUACGAUUUUCUCUGCGCACACGGCGGUGUCGCUCCACACAAGUUCAACCACGUGCGGGACCUGUGCCUCCUCGUGCCGCAGCCGGUGUGGGAGUAUCUGCAUAAGAUGUUUGGCGGGGGUCCCGUCUGCAAUCGCUUGUACCUCUGCACUGUAUGUCAUAGGCAGCAGGAAGUGAUGGAAACCAAGCGUAGGCAGGAGCUGAACACAUUUGUGAGGCUUCAUAAGGAGUUCCAAGCUAAAAGUGCUAAUUGUACUAUCUAUGCCCUGAGUUUGUCUUGGUUCAAGGAGUGGGAGAAUUUUGUCAAAUGCAGAUCAGAUGAGCCUGCCGGAGCAGUGGAAAACUCAUCGAUAGCUGUGCAGCAAGAUGGCAGAUACGUGGUGAAGUCCGAUUCUGACUAUGGUCAGAUCUCAGAAGAGAUGUGGCAUUUCUUCUUCGGCAUCUACGGCGGUGGCCCUGAGAUCUUACUGCAGCAGGGACCUCCCUGUAAGAAGGAGUGUGUAGAGGAGAACCCAGUUACACGCUGCUGAGACAGCGAUUUAGGAUAACCCAAGCAAAUACUGUUUGUUUCGCAGUCAGGAUCAAAAUUUAGAAAUAGCAUCGAAUGGAAGUUCCUGCUGAAACACAUUGUAGUCAGAUUAGCAUAGGCAUUACCACUAUGUGUUUAUAAAUCAAUCACUUCACUACCCCUCAAUCUAUAUUGUGAAACAAGAUAUGUGCACCGAAUGGCAUUCGUCUAUGCCAUCUUGUAUACUAACUGUCAUUCUGUGCUACAACAUGGUGAGGUUGAAUACUCUAGCUCCUAUUUACUCUAAUUACUCCAAUACAAAUUUAUUCAACGUUACAAAUAUCAUCCUGAGAGACAGAGUGAGAGUGAUGUGUGUUUUUCUUGAUAAUGAAUGCUCGAAAUAUGCAUUGGUACUUGCAAACAUAAGUAUGGUUUGUGAAUCUAUGUCGUAUGCACAAGUUAUAGUACUUGAAUUGUAUGCAUGAGUUUGUAUAUAAAAGAUUAACAGUGGCUACUAUUUAAAUACCGUAAUUGUUCAGCUGUAUCAGCUACUAUCUGUAUAAAAUGGUAAAUGUUCUAUUAUUGCUAUAGAACCGAGAAUGUGUGUAACCAGUGAUCGUGAUUUGUGUAUCAAAGCUGCUGCAAAUAGUUGCACAUAUUACAUAAACUUCUUGUGUAGGAUUAACAUGUGUUAUUGCACCAAGGCUUGCAUGUGGUUGCAUUCAUUGCAUUUAACUAUGUGUGGUGAAAUACUGGAAGUGCGUUUGUUGAGGAAAUUGUAAGAAUGAACAUGGUUGCGAAGCAGCCACGUAUCAAUGCGUGAGAUACCUUUAGCGUGUGUAAGAUUUAAGUUAUUUUAGGAGCAUAGUAGUAUUGUAAAACAGUGCUCGGGUAAAGUUAUUAUUAUGAUCGAAUGUAGCUAUUGUUGCAUUGGUUCACACCAUAUUAGCGAUAGUAUCGAUAUGUGUGCAGUUAGUGUUGGUGCCAUAUGUUAAUCAGUUGUUGCCUAGUGUCAUUUUAUCAAGAGUCGAUCUAUUGUAAGACUCCUGGUAUCACUUACCUUUCCUGGUGGGGUUAGAUGGUAUCUUCAUAUUUAUUGUGUAAUUACAUACACCCUAAUGCAGUAAUGGGAUUGUACUCACACAAAAUAAUACUGUGUCCAUCAUCAGUAA